GUGUAGGUGCAGUUGUGUCCGCUCAGCCAGCCCUUGUGCUACUGCAGCAGAUCGCAGCUGAAGGGGAUGCUCGGAGAGGAGCAGUGUGUGUAUGUGGUUAUGCCUGUGUGUGUGCAAUAGGGCAACAUCUACACCAGCUAGCAAGCACCCACCCAGCACUGAGCCCCCCUGUCUCCCUGAUGUGUCCUGCUCCUUUGGGCUCCAGGAGAAUUGGCUUGGAGUUUCUGCCCCUGCCCUGCGUCACUGCUCGCGUCACCGCUCCUUGCCCAGCUAUUGGCAUGGCGAUGGGAGGGAGAAGCCUGCACUUAUUAUUAGCACAGGAGACAGUGUGUAAAAAAGCCAAUAUCGAAGACUGAAUCCCUCCGGCGGCCAGUGCAGAGCCAACUCUCCAUCUCUGUUUGUCUCUAUCGGGCAGGAGCUGAAAUCCCUGCAGCCCCCCCCAGAAGGAGCAGCUGGGAGAGGGAAUCAGCAUCCUUUCUGUGCCGGACCUUCUGGGAUCACAUCACCAAUAAAGCUGCACUGGUACUGAGGAGGCAGAAGAGGUGAGAAGCUUACAGUGAAUGAGCCCUUUCUCCUACCUUUGCUUGCUCGCCAACGCUGAGCUAUGGUGUGUAUCACUUAGCGCAUUUGGAUUAUGACUGAACCGACGCCUCGUCACUGACUCCCACAGAUUCCCCGGACCUAUUGCUUUUCUGGAUCAAACGCCUGGUGUUUAGGGGGAUCCCCUCUCCAUUCUAGGGGGAUCCACUGGACCGGAGAUCCACCAUGCGCCUCUGGAAAGGCUCCCACGGACCUGAUUUAACUCAGGUGUGCGGCGCUCUAUGGAUCCUACUUGCCUUGGUUUGGAGGGGCCUGGCUUGCCCCCAGUACUGCAGCUGCAACUCCACCAGGAUUUGGUGCACUUUAGAGGGCAAAGGGAUUGUGGCUUUCCCGGUGCUGGAGGACAGCGCACUGGCGGAGAACAUUACUGACAUUUAUAUUGCAAACCAGCGAUCAUUGGCAAGUAUCAAUGAUGACGAUGUAAAGAUUUACACUGGACUGAGAAAUCUAACUGUGGUGGACUCAGGUUUACAGAUUGUAUCACGGCAAGCAUUCAGCAAGAACCCUAAACUUACAUACAUAAACUUCUCCAAAAAUAAGCUGACAUCUUUACCCAAGAAGCUUUUUCGUCAUCUAACUUUAUCUCAGCUAUUUCUAGGUGGCAAUCCUUUCCAGUGCUCGUGCGAUUUAAUGUGGGUUAAAGUAUUAUUGGAGACUAAUUCCCUAAAUCAGAACCAGAACAUAUACUGCUUCAAUGACAACAAAAAGAAGAUACCUCUCUUCACUAUGCACAUCCCCAACUGUGGGUUGCCUAUAGUAAAUGUGAGUACAUUAAAUAUCACAGUUCUUGAAGGUAAUGAGACAACCUUGUUCUGCGAUGCCAAUGGACUCCCAGACCCAAAUGUUUCCUGGGAUAUCUCACAGAUCAUUUCAAAAAGCUUGAAAGAAACUACAAAGCGUCCAGCCUUGCUUACCCUGAAAAAUGUAACAUCGAUGGACAACAAAAGAGUCAUUGUAUGUGUGGCAGAAAACAGCGUGGGUGAAGAUCAAGUCUCUGUGGAACUCAAUGUACACUUUCCCCCAGUGAUCACUUUUAUUGACUUGCCAACACUGGACCAUCAUUGGUGCAUACCUUUCAGUGUGAGGGGUAAUCCGAAGCCUACACUGCAAUGGUUCCAUGAAGGGAGUAUGCUCAGUGAAACAGAUUUCAUUUGGAGCAAGAUUCAUGAAACAAGUAACAAUACAAGCGAGCACCAUGGCUGUUUGCAACUGGACAGCCCAACACAUUUAAACAACGGAUUUUAUACAUUAAGGGCUGAGAACAAAUAUGGAAGGGAUGAACGAUCCAUAAGCGCUCUUUUCAUGGAACGUCCAGACGAUGAUUAUGAAACCACUUCCAAUGAUAUUGGUGGAACAAGUACAGAUAUUGGAACAGGCGUCACUUCUACAGAUGUUUCUAAAGAAGGAAAUGAAGACAGUAUUACUGUUUAUGUCGUAGUGGGCAUUGCAGCAUUAGUUUGUACCGGCCUGGUAAUAAUGCUGAUCAUCCUAAAAUUUGGAAGACACUCCAAGUUUGGGCUGAAGGGUCCAUCCUCCGUGAUAAGCAAUGAUGAUGAUUCAGCCAGUCCCCUCCAUCAUAUUUCCAAUGGCAGCAAUACCCCAUCUUCAUCAGAAGGUGGUCCUGAUACAGUAAUCAUUGGCAUGACCAAAAUCCCUGUCAUUGAAAAUCCACAGUACUUUGGAAUUACAAACAGCCAUCUUAAAUCUGACACAUUUGUCCAGCACAUAAAGAGACACAACAUAGUCCUGAAGAGAGAGCUGGGAGAAGGAGCCUUUGGCAAAGUUUUUCUAGCAGAGUGUUACAACCUCUACCCUGAGCAAGAUAAAAUACUGGUUGCAGUAAAGACAUUAAAAGAUGCCAGUGACAAUGCCCGAAAAGACUUUCAUCGGGAAGCAGAGCUGCUCACAAAUUUGCAACAUGAGCAUAUUGUGAAGUUUUAUGGUGUUUGUGUGGAAGGUGACCCGCUCAUCAUGGUCUUUGAAUAUAUGAAGCAUGGCGAUCUUAACAAAUUCCUUAGGGCCCAUGGACCAGAUGCAGUCCUCAUGGCAGAAGGGAACCGUCCUGCUGAACUAACUCAGUCCCAGAUGCUUCAUAUAGCACAACAGAUUGCUGCAGGAAUGGUGUACCUGGCUUCGCAGCACUUUGUACAUCGAGAUCUUGCAACGCGGAACUGUCUAGUUGGAGAAAACCUCUUGGUGAAGAUUGGAGAUUUUGGCAUGUCAAGAGAUGUGUACAGUACCGAUUACUACAGGGUUGGUGGGCACACAAUGCUGCCAAUCCGCUGGAUGCCCCCUGAGAGUAUCAUGUACAGGAAAUUCACAACAGAAAGCGAUGUUUGGAGUUUGGGAGUUGUAUUAUGGGAGAUUUUCACUUAUGGAAAACAGCCUUGGUAUCAGCUUUCAAACAAUGAGGUAAUAGAGUGCAUAACCCAAGGGAGAGUUCUCCAGCGUCCUCGCACGUGCCCGAAGGAAGUCUAUGACCUCAUGCUGGGUUGUUGGCAGAGGGAGCCUCAUAUGAGGCUUAAUAUCAAGGAAAUACACAGCCUCCUUCAGAACUUGUCAAAAGCAUCUCCUGUAUACCUUGAUAUCCUUGGCUAAGAGAUCAACGUGUUAGUUGUUCAUGCUCGAUAAAUGAAUGUGGUGAACUACUGCAGAACUCCAUGAAAUGUGUUAUAACCUCUGACAGUAUUAUUGACAAAGAUUCUGAGAAGCUUUCAAAGGGCAAGCUACAUAAACUACUCCAUUUCUACAAUGCACAGUAUUGACUAUUUGCCAUGACUAUGUUGUAUCUUUUUCUCCCAAGCUUAUGUCUACUUUAGCAUUGUUCCUACUCGCCUUCAGUUUUCCUUUGGUUCUCUCUUAUAUUACCCACCACUGUAUGCUUCUGCCCUUACGUAAUACAGAAUAAUUAGACAAAAGGCCUUAAAACCUUCUCUGUUAAUCAGCAGGCAAGCAUGUCUGUUUACCACAUCUAACAAUGCCUUGUAUUUCCUGCCUUCGAUGUGGAUCAAAAAGGGAAAAAAAACACGACACAAACUUUACCAGUGAUGUACAUAUAUAUUUAGAGUUCCUAUUGACUCUUAGUAACCUCUGCGUUUGGUUUUUGUGCACUUAUGGCAAUUGAUGGACAAGAUACGUACUUGAUUGCAGGAAAAAUUAAACCCGAAGCGAUUCUCCUUUAGUCAGAAGACAUGUCCAUGGAGUCACAUAUAACAGUCUACCUACAAUAACCUGAAGAAACAGAUUCAAUGCAUUUUACUCAGAAAAUGAUAAGACUCCCUUAUUUGUGCUUGGCUAUUCCUUUAUCAUCACGUAGCUCAGUACAUGGUAAAAACAUAUAUGUUGCCUGUUUGCCAUGCCUUGUCAUAUCUAUGAUCAUCUCUUUCCUACAUGCAGUAAAACUAAUACUAUAAUAAAACAUUAACCAAACAACUUAAGAGACUAAGAUCAUCACAAUGUGAUGCUGUGUUUAAAUAAUACUGCACCCAACAGACAAUCUCUAGUGACCAUUUCAGUCUCCUUAUGUAUAGCUCAAGCAAGGUGUGGUCAAUUCUUUCUGGCCUGAAAGAUAUUUUGUUGGUUUUGUGUGAAGAUAGGAUGGGGGGAAAGCAGGAGUUAAAUAUGUAUUUUUACUGUUGAAAAAGUAAUGGCCUGAUGCAAAAUUUGAGCUUGCUUUCUCUUCUGGUAAAUAAACAUAUAAGCAUAUUUCCAGGCAAGACAAGUCUGAAAUGCACAAUUAAAUGGCUGGGGUUUGAUCAUUUAUGUCUGUAGGCUCUGGCUUGUUGUUCAUAUGACUGUAUGUAAGAUUGUUUAAAAAAAAUGAUACUUUCUAAACUGUGUGUGAUGUUAAACUCGGAGGCAGCGCAUGCUUAUAUAUGUUACUGGCAUGAUGUGUCCAAAUCAAAGGUAUUUAAAGAUGCUCCCAAAUACAUACUUAAAACAUGAAAACCAAUAUCAUGGUUGCUUUCCACAUUGGUGAAAAUGACCAUAGUUUAUGCCUCAGAUAAUACACUGCAAUUUAUAAAAGCCAGGCCCAUGUCAAAGAAAAAAUUUGGUGUGAAGUCAUCAGCUCUGAUAAUAACUUUCCCAGAAAGCUGGCCUUUGCUCCUGGUAUUAAAUAAGCGCUAGUAUGUAUCUGAAGUCAUAACAUCAUUUUUUAGGAUAAAACCAGAACAUUUUGUGGGACAAAAUGAUUGCUCUGCAAUGUUAUAUAUAUUUAUAAACAUUGACAUCUAUGGAAAUCUUUCUAUUGUUAAACUUGAAAUAAUCAGAUUUCCCCCCAAAAAAUGCUGGUUUUGUGGCUCAUUAUUGCCCCACUUCUGUACUGCAUCAUGUUUAAUAUUUUGUUUUAAUAAUUACAUGUGCAUUACUAGUGGUAUCUCUAUAUUUUCUCUUUAAUCUGUUUGUCGGAUCACUAAAAUGAUUGUAAGCAAACAAUUGCACUGUUCUUUGAUCAAUGUUAAAGCCCACAAACAGACUUGUAAUGCUGUCAGAAAAGUCACAUGGGUUCCCUGACUUUUACCAAACACCUUAGGGGUUUUUAACAUAUAUUGAAUUUUUCUGUGAAUUUCUGCUGUGAAGUUUUCCUCAUAAUGUCUCACUCAGAUAAUUCUGAUAGGUAAAUGUAAAUAGGUAAAUUAUAUAAGAGUGACUACCACAAAAUGCACUUGCUUUAAUAAAAUGACAAAACUCUCAGCGGAAAGGGGUCUAACACAGAAAACUGCCUCAUUCUGGACAUGAUACAUAUUGUUGUCAGUCUCUUGAAGGUGCAAGUUAUACACGUGCAGAUAUUUGUGUGUUGUUACGUUGUUUGACUUUAAAUCUACUUGGUAGAAACUCUGCAAGACUUUUCUUUAAAGAUCAGUAUUUCAAUGUCUUUCAUGCCCUAGCUUGCAGAAAAAUGCCCAACCUCUGCCUAUUCUACUUAAGUAGUUUAGUAAUAUGUACGUGUUACUAAGAUGAACAGAUACUGUUAGAAUAUCUGGAAUGUAGUCUGUGUGACUAAACAUUAUUUCAGUGGUUCCUAAUGGCUAUUGACUAUGUCUUCUCAAUCUCUUGCUCUCUUCACUCACCAAAAAAAGUACAGCAGUAAUAACCAACAAAUACUAGAACUGUCAGUUCUGCUCUCCAUGGUGUAUUUAGGUCAGCAGCCAGUGGAGAACAAUAUAGUGGGCUUCCUUGUUAUAUAAAGGUGUCAAGUAAUCACUUUAACAAGGGUAGACAGUCCUGAGUUAUUCAGCUGUAGGCGUAUAAGGUGCAUUGUCAGGCUGGAGCUGGUUGUUAUAGUUUAACAACAGCUGGAAAAAACAGGCAUUUAAUCUCUCAACUAUAAAGUGUCAGAACCCAUCUGCUGAAAUCAGUAAUGUAUCAGGCCAAAACAUAAUAUUUGUGCAUUAUACACACAAACAGGCACACAUAUAAAGUACAUUUUUAAAUUAUACACAUAAUUACAGAGAUAAAACUGUUCUGGUUUCUGGAUUUUUCAAUGCAAAGCAUUGACACAUUACAGUACAAUUACACAUUACAGUACAAUUGAUUUUAUUAGAACUACUUGGCAUACUAUUCUUAUGAUGUAGAUCCUACAUAUUGAUAUUGUGACAUGGAUUAUCUUUACAUUAACAUUUACUUUGUCACUUGUCCGGAUUAUAUUUUCUGUUGUUAUUUUUACUUCAUCAGUUACUGUGUUUCUCUACAUAAUUCCUAAUAAUGCCCGAGAUACAACACUGCAUUAACUCACGGAGGCCAAACAUAUUGUUUUUUACUAGUCUAAAUGUAAUAGAACAAUCAAAGUUAAGUGUUAUGGCCCUGGUGCCAUAUUGCCCUGACAUUAGUGAAUUCACUACCACUCACCCUUUGCCCUUGGAGUCUGCCCUCUGAACCCACCAUCUGCACAUCUAUAUACUUACUGAAUCCCACGUUCUGCUGUGUGGGUAUCAAGGAAAUACAAUAGCAUAAGGAAUGACCCACGAUAGGGCUAAUUAUUGCUAGCCAUCCUAAUGUUAUCAAUUACCUAUAUAUGUACUAUGGACACAAGCUGAUUACUGGGUACUGGUUAUUAUUUUCCGAAUAUAAUAUUCAUUGCUGUGAUGCAGAUUUCCAUUACAUUGGCAUGCACCUGUUUGUAUUGUCUAUGUCUCACCUUUCCCAACCUGUACUUUUACUGAAGAGCCUUCAUAACCCAGUUUUUAUUAAAAAAGAAGACACAUUUUAUUGAUUAAAUUUGCACUAUAAUAUGAUUUCAUAUUUAUAUUUUAGAAAGGAUGUUUCUUUAUUUGCUUUAUUUGUUUAUAGGAAUCACGAUUCCAUUAUUUACAGCAAUGACCAACACUAUGUUUGUAUUGGUUAAAGCAAAACAAAUUAGCCCUGAUGUCCUCGUGUGGCUCUAUCAACCACAAACGUAUCACAACUAAACAGAGAUUAUGAAAAAAGGCUAUUAAAGAAUGUAUUUUUAUUUUUAAACAUUGACACAGUCAUUAAAAUACAAAAUUAAAAGUGAAUAUUUCAGUGAAUUGUGUAUUUUAUAUGUUUUCGUAUUGAGUGUUCUGUUGUUAUGACAAAAUGGUGUUUUGAAGGGUUUGAAUGACAAACAAAACAAAAUACUUUUAUAUCUCAUUUGAAAAAUGUUGAACAAGAGGAUAGAUACAUUUAAAUCCAUAACAUUUCAUUUUCUGUUACUAUAUUUCUUUAGAACUUUUUAUCAGGCAUAUUAUUAGUCUGAUUUCACUCCUGCACGUCAGAUUGAUGUUCAUGCAAGAAUGACAUGUGAAAUUGGGUUUCAUUAAAAUUAUCCACCAAUUUA